AAGACAAGCAUUUGUUUACGCGCAUACGUUGAUAUGUCGCUUGAUAGAGUGACUGUGACAUUGUGAGACACGUGAUUAAUAUGUGGAAGUUUAUUAUUUUUGCAAGCUGCAUCCCAUGGGUGACGUCACAAUUCAAUCAACGUGACCAUGACCAAUCUUGGAAGAUCAAAUUAGCAGUGCCUGGAGCGCCAGGCGGGGACUACCCCACCCUAAGCACUAUACCACGAACCUCCUUCACUUGCGCGGGAAAAGCACCAGGUUAUUAUGCUGAUCAAGAAGCGAACUGUCAAGUAUUCAAAGUGUGUACCUCAGGAGCUACGUAUGGAUUCCAAUCAUUUUUAUGUCCUAAUGGAACAUUAUUUAAUCAAGCCGUUUUCGUUUGUGAUUGGUGGAUGAAUGUCAACUGUGGAAAAUCUCAAGAAUUCAUUAACAAAAAUCCACGCUUUGGAAAAAUUCAAUUAGGACCACAGUUAAUACAGGACGUUAAGAAAAUGAUUACCCAUCCUAUGAGAAAUCCAUACAACUCAGGUUUCCUACGAAAUAAUUUAGUUGUCAUGCAGGAAUACAAACCCCCCACAGAACAAUUUUAUCCCAAUGGAGCAAUUAUAUCCAACCAAAAUAAUAAUAAAAAUAAUAUAUAUGUACCAUAUAAAUCACAAUACAGAAAUAUUCAAUCAAGUAUAGAAAACACAAACGAUAUAAACUUUGCAGCAUCUACCGCUGCACCACAAUACUUUUCCAACUUUAACUCAAUUCAGAAUACACCAACAAAACAGUAUGUUGACUAUCAAAGAACUCAAAACGCAAAAAUAAAUACUAUUCAAAACGGCCGCAACGGCUACUUACUACAGGGACAAAAGGAACCAACACCUCAGCUAAAUUUCCAGAAGUUACAAGCACAAAAGACUAUACAAGGACAAUAUAACUUCAACUUCAAUGGCAAUAUACAAACAAAACAAAAAGAUUAUUCAUUUAACAAAUUGAAUCAAGGAAAGCCUCCUGCCACCCAACAAAUAAGUCAACCACCAAGCUUUAACAACAACAAUGGUGUUUCAACAAAAACAGAGGCAAAACAAAACUUGGUAAGUACAGAAGCCACACCAACUAUUAUAUCAAAAACAAUAGCUUUCAAAACAAUAUUACCUGGUGAAAAACCUGGGCGCCCGAAAUCUAGAAUCACAUUUAAAACAUGGAUCCUUAAACCAAAAAAUGCAAAGCUGAUUGUAGAAAAUACUUCGUAUACUACACCCAAAUCUCGCGUUUAUAAAUCCAUCCCCCAAAAUAAGUCAGAAAAGUUGUCAUCAUCAGUUGAACCCACAGUUGAACCUUAUGUUUAUGAUGUCCCACAAAAUAGUCUUGAUCUUACCGAUAAAAAUAACUUGUACUUUUACAAUCAGCCUACCACUUCAAAUCUUAUUGCAACUACUCCUAAUUACAAUUCACGUUAUGAUUUACCUACCACAUUUCGUCCUACGUUAUCCAGCAGAAUAUAUUUGACACCACUUCCAGAUGCAACUAUAGCAACAACACCGUCUGAAUCUCUUUAUGAAUCACCAUCGACUUAUGCCUCAAUUAGUAACACAUAUAUUCCACCUAUUGAAUCCGAAAAAUUGUCUCGACAAUAUUUAUCUCCAGUAUUUGAAUCACAACAAUUACAAUUAAAGAAAAAUGCACGAUUAACGACAGCAUCCUCGUCUGCAUCUCCACUAUUUGAAAUAUUUAGUAAUAAAAAUAAUCGUAGGCCCCCCGUAGGCGUAACAAAACAGACGCAAAUUAAUACUAAUAAUAAUAACGUAAAAUUUACUGAUGUUCCUACAGAAGAAAAAGUAGCCACAUCAAUUAAUAAUAUAAUAAAAAAUACUUUUAAUGUGCCACAGUCCACGAAAAAGCAAAUAUCUCAAUAUAAACAAUCGAAUAGCAUUAACCAAAAUGUAUUAGGAACUCAAAGAUAUACCGGUAGCAAAGAGGAACUAACUUCUGAAUUUCCUUUUGUUAAAACAAAAAGUGCAAAGAUAGUGGCAAGUCCGUCAACAGACUUACAACCACCUAUAGAAAACGUUCAAAGUUAUGUAUCAUCGAAUAAAUUUUCCAAUUUACCUUACUAUAAAGAGCCCACUAACACCAUUGAGAGGACUGUUUCAAUAAAAAUAACAUUACCCGAAAGAAUUGCAAAAUAUUUGUUUAGGAAUGACAGUCAAACUACAUCCGACGAUGUAGAAAUCCUUAAUACUGGAAGUAGUAAUUAUUUAGUAUAUGCAAAUAAUUUACCGUCAAAUUCUGGUUCUUCACCAAUUCCUAUUGGAAAAUUAUCAUUAAUUAAAAAUUCUAAUCUUUCAAAUUCACAGGAUUUGGUGUUUUCGUUUUUGGCUGACUCUUUAAAUGCUGCGAAAGAAUACAGCAACAUAGCAAAACAGAACAUACAAUCUUCUACAAAUACACCACCGAACAAUUUGAGAAACAACGACGAUCAACGAAUUUCUAACAAAAUAUCACAGUUAACAUCAUCACAAUUCGUAAGGAAUAAUAAUGCGAUAAGAAAUAACAAUAUACAACAACUUUCACCUCAAUCUCAAGAUAUUUCUAGAAAUAAAGAAUCUUCACAAUUCACCAGUAACCGACAACAACAGCAACAAGGAUUCCAACAACCAAAACUUCAGCAAAUAACAACACCUUCACAACCUUUUAUUCAAAAUCAACUACAGGCUGCACGAAUUCAAGAUCCCAGAAACAAUAUUCAAAACGCUCAAAAUCAAAACAUAUACAGUGGUCAAUUAUAUCAACAUCCCGUUCCUGAAGUCACCCGAGAUUAUUACAAUUCACCAAACAAUCAAUUGAAACAGCAAAAUAAUGACUUUGAAAUCAUUCCAUCACAACAGAUACCGUUUUCAUACCAACAAAAUUCUAAUAAUCAGGAAUCAUCCAGUGAACAAAACAGUAUACAUACUAAAGAAUUAAAAGAUUUAAUUCAAUCUGGAAAUGGAAUAACAGCGCAGUUGCAAGAUAGCAUUGUAGGAACACUACCUCAUCCAAUAGAAAGUGAUAAAUUGUUAACAUAUAAAAAAGACCAAUCGUAUUACAUAUUCUCACAAUUAAAUAAUAACGACCAUGAAAAUAAUCAAAUAAAUAACGAAAAAUCGAAAGAUAAAUCGAAUGCAGCAUUGCAAUUCAUUCCAUCAGUUGCAUUUAAGCUAAAUGAUGUAAAUGAACAGCAAAACUUUUUAAAUAGAUUUAACUUAAAUGAUUUUGGUGUGCCUCAAGGAUCAGUUAAUGGUUACAGAAAUCCAAAUCAAAGACAAGACAUCAGCACUAAUAUAGACUAUACAGUAAAUCAUCCUAACUUUGGCGAUAGAAUUAAUAAAGUUGAUACAUUGUAUGAUGGGUCAUCUUCAUACAACGCUCCUCAAACCUCAUAUAAUUAUGAAAGGCCACAGCAAUUAAUAGAUAAUAAUCAAAAUUCCAAAAUAGAAGAUUUAGAUAGUAAUGAACCCAAUGGUUAUCCCAAAACGUCUCCACUAAGAAAAUUUAACACGUAAAGGUCCCCUUAACGUAGUAUUUAGUAAUGUAAAUUUAAGAAGUCCAAUUAAGGCUAAGGUAUUUAUAAGGAAAUAUUAUUUAUGUUAUGUUAACGAUGUAAGUUCAAAUAUUUACAUUAUUGUGAAGAUAACUU